UCCAGCAGUCUCCGGCUCUGCGCCAACCAAAACUGGUUGUCUUGACAACCUAUAUACAGCAGCAGGCUACUAGCAGACAGCCCCUUGUUCUUUCUUUCUUUUCUAUUCUUUUUUUUUUUUAGCUUUUAACUCGUUUAAUUUUGUUUUGUUUUUCCCUUUUUUCUUUCGAACUUUCUAAACUAGCUUUAAAAAUCAAAUUGAAAAUGCCGGUGCCUAACAACAACGCAGCGUUUGCAAGGAAGGGGUCAAACGUUCAGAAGGUACCUGGAGCAAAGUCAACGAAAGCUGCCACUAAGAAAAAGGAUGAGGAAGAGGCUGUGGAGACGGGGACUGGAUGGGAGGAGUGGUCUCAGGGGAAAGCCCUUGUGAGGCCUCCAGAUCAGAUGGAGCUUACUGAGGCUGAGCUGAAGGAGGACAUCACAAGGAUUUUGACUGCAAACAACCCACACGCCCCUCAAAAUAUUGUCCGCUACAGUGUCAAGGAGCGUUCCUACAAGCCUAUCAAUGUUGUGGAUCAGAUGGCGGUUCACUGUGUUUUAGAGGGCAGCCUUGUGCAUCAAGACUCUGAAGAGGCUCGUAAACUUAGGGUCAAGGAAGGCUUAGCUCAAGAGAUUGCAACAGUUGAUGCCACAGCAGAGUCUGAAGAGGAGAAAGCAGAAGCCUCGGUUAAUCCUAUAGUGGAUGGAGGGGAUGUAGAGGAAACUGGCGAUGAGGACAGACCAGACAGUGCUGUCUCCAGAAUCAACAAGAAAGAGCCAAAAGUGACUAACCAGUUUAACUUCAGUAAUCGAGCCUCUCAGACUCUCAAUAAUCCAAUGAGGGAUAGAAUCUGCCAGACUGAACCUCCUCCACGAAGCAGCUUCUCUGCUACUGCUAAUCAGUGGGAGAUCUAUGAUGCAUACGUGCAGGAGCUGCAGAAACAAGAGAAAAACAAAGAGAAGCAGAAAGGCAUGCACUCACAAAAAGAUAAUGGCAAAAGCAAAAAGGUGAUGCUGAUGGAGACUCAGAGUGAAGAUGUCACCAAAUGGACCAUGGCAUCAAAGAUCCUUGAACGAACGAUCAGUCAGAAUACAUUUGAUGACAUAGCACAAGAUUUUAAAUACUUUGAGGAUGCCUCUGAUGAGUUUAGGGAGCAGGAGGGAACCCUUCUCCCCUUGUGGAAGUUUCAAUAUGACAAAGCCAAGACACUGUCUGUCACUGCCCUCUGCUGGAAUAAUAAAUAUCAGGACCUUUUUGCUGUGGGAUUGGGAUCAUACAACUUCAGUAGACAGGGAUGUGGCAUGCUUCUCUUCUACUCGCUGAAAAACCCUGCCUUCCCAGAGUACAUCUACCCCACCAGUUCUGGUGUCAUGUGCCUCGACAUUCAUGCACAGCAUUCCCACCUGGUGGCAGUGGGCUUCUACGAUGGCUGUGUGGCUGUCUACAGCUUGAAGGAGGAGGGACAGGAGCCUGUUUACAAGAGUACAGCCAAGACUGGCAAGCACACAGAUCCUGUCUGGCAGGUCCGCUGGCAGAGUGAUGAUAUGGACAACAACCACAAUUUCUAUUCUGUGUCGUCUGAUGGCCGAGUUGUGUCCUGGACACUCGUCAAGAAUGAGCUGGUUUUCACAGACAUCAUCAGACUGACACUGAGUGGUGCAGUUUCUGAGGGCACAGAAGGUGCACAGGCUCCCAGCAUUGCGUCUGGUACAUCAUUCGACUUCCACAAACAGAUUGACUACAUGUUCCUAGUUGGAACAGAGGAGGGAAAAAUACACAAGUGCUCUAAGACUUACUCAAGCCAGUUUCUGGAGACCUACGGUGCCCACAGCAUGGCGGUGGAUACCGUAAAGUGGAACUACUUCCAUCCAAAGGUUUUCGUCUCUUGUAGUUCAGACUGGACUGUCAAAAUCUGGGACCAUACCAUCAACACUCCAAUGUUCGUCUUUGACCUACAAGCAGCGGUUGGGGAUGUUGCCUGGUCUCCAUACUCGUCCACUGUAUUUGCUGCUGUAACAACAGAUGGAACAGUUCAUGUUUUUGACCUGAGCGUCAACAAAUACGAGGCGAUCUGCCAGCAGCUGGUGGUGGACAAAAAGAAGACCAAGCUGACCCACGUCGAGUUUAAUCCCAUCCAUCCUGUCAUCAUAGUGGGUGAUGACCGAGGCUAUGUCACCAGCUUCAAACUCUCUCCUAACCUCCGCAAGAAGCCGAAGGCCAAGAAAGGUCAUGAGCUGCCUAAGGGACCAGAAGUGGAGGUAGCGAAAAUGGAGAAGCUCCUCAGCCUGCUAAGAGAACCAGACCAAAACUCAGGUUAAGGUGGUCACCUUGGUUUCUAAGCCAAACACAAAUAGAGUGUUUCAUUGCCGUUCAUGAAAAACACUUAUUUUGUUCACACUAUUCAGUAAACAUCACAUGACAACAAACCGAUAUGUAUAUGUUUAUUAAAAUGUGUUCUUCCAGCUUAA